AUGAUGGCCGAGGAGCUGAAGAAGGAGCAGGACACCAGCGCUCACCUGGAGAGGAUGAAGAAGAACCUGGAGGUGACGGUGAAGGACCUGCAGCAGCGUCUGGACGAGGCCGAGAACCUGGCCAUGAAGGGUGGGAAGAAACAACUCCAAAAACUGGAAGCAAGGGUGCGAGAGCUGGAGAACGAGCUGGAGACGGAGCAAAGACACGGAUCGGACACCGUGAAAGGAGUUCGCAAACUUGAGCGCCGGAUUAAAGAGCUCACCUAUCAGUGUGACGAGGACAAGAAGAACGCGACGAGGCUGCAGGAUCUGGUGGACAAAUUCCAGCUGAAGGUCAAAGCGUACAAGAGGCAGGCGGAAGAAGCCGAGGAGCAGGCCAACGCUCACCUGACCAAGCUGAGGAAGGUGCAGCACGAGCUGGAGGAGGCCGAAGAGCGAGCGGACAUCGCCGAGUCCCAGAUCAACAAGAUGAGAGUCAAGAGCCGCGACUUGGGGAAGCAGGCGAAAGACAGCGGCGAGUAA